AUGAAGAUCCCGCAGAAGAUUCAGGCGGCACUAGAUGAGGGAAGGAAGGUAUUCUCGUUCGAGUACUUCCCUCCCAAGACCGCGGAUGGCGUGGAGAACCUCUUCGAUCGCAUGGAUCGCAUGGUCGCGUACCAGCCUGCGUUCUGCGACAUCACGUGGGGAGCAGGCGGAUCGACGGCGGAUCUCACCCUGGAGAUCGCCACUCGCAUGCAGAACAAUAUCUGCGUGGAGACGUCGAUGCAUCUGACGUGCACCAACAUGCCUGUGGAGCGCAUCGACCACGCGCUCGAGCACAUCAAGGCGGCCGGGCUGCAGAACGUGCUCGCGCUGCGAGGCGACCCCCCGCACGGCCAGGACAAGUUCGUCGCUGCCGAAGGCGGCUUCUCGUGCGCGCUCGACCUGGUGAAGCACAUUCGUGCCAAGUAUGGCGAUUAUUUCGGCAUCACUGUCGCAGGAUAUCCAGAGGCCCACCCUGACGCCAUCAGCGGCCCUGACGGUGCUACGCCAGAGGAGUACCAGAAGGACCUGGAGUACCUCAAGUCCAAGAUGGACGCGGGCGCAGACCUCAUAGUGACACAGCUGUUCUACGAUGUGGACAUCUUCCUCAAGUUCGUCGCGGACUGCCGUGCCAUGGGAGUGAGCGAGCCCAUCAUCCCGGGCAUCAUGCCCAUCACCACCUACAAUGGCUUCAAGAAGAUGACCGCCUUCUGCAAGACCAAGGUCCCCCAGAGCAUUCUGGACGCGUUGGAGCCGAUAAAGGACAACGAGGAGGCUGUUAGGGCGUACGGCAUCCAACAAGGCACGGAGAUGUGCCGGCGCAUCCUGGAUGCGGGCAUCUCCACCCUGCACAUGUACACGCUCAACCAGGACAAGACCACCAUCGCCAUUCUCAAGAACCUGGGGCUCAUAGAAGCAUCCAACAUCCCUCGCGCUCUGCCCUGGCGGCCGUCCCCCAAUGUGCGCCGAUCCUCAGAGGACGUGCGCCCCAUCUACUGGUCCCUGCGCCCCCAGAGCUACCUGGUGCGCACAGCAGCAUGGACCAAGUUCCCCUCUGGCCGCCUGGGCCCUGCAGAGGCGCUGUCCUAUAGUGACCUGCCUGCCAAGCACAGGGCGUUCCUCAAGAGAAAGUCGCGGGCCACUGCACUCGCCAGGGACUGGGCUGUCCCUGUUGCGUCGACUGAAGAUGUGAAGCAGCUGUUUGCUCGGUUUGUGAGUGGCGAGGUGAGCAGCUUCCCCUGGAGCGAGGCGGUGGAGGCCUCAAUUUCCGCGGACUCGGCCCCCAUCAGCGCUCAGCUGCACGAGCUGAACGCUGCUGGUCUGCUCACCAUCAACAGCCAGCCGGCUGUGAAUGGAGCCAAGUCAGACGACCCUGUGCUUGGCUGGGGAGGCCCUGGGGGGUACAUCUACCAGAAGGCAUACAUCGAAUGCUUCGCCCCGCACGACAAGGUCACCACGUUGCUCGAGAAGGCCAAAGCCACGCCCUCCAUCUCCCUCAUGGCUGUCAGCUCCUCCGGUCACGUGCUCGCCACUGGCCCUGGCACACCCGCGUCCACCACACCGUUCUCUGCCAACGCGGUCACGUGGGGGGUGUUUCCGGGGAGGGAGGUGGUGCAGCCGACGGUGGCGGAUUUCAUGUCGUUCCUGGCGUGGAAGGAUGAGGCGUUUGGUGCGUGGGUGGAGGAUUGGGCUGGGCUGUACAAGGAGGAGGAGGAGGAGGGCACGCCCGUUGCUAAGAAACUCCUCCAAGAGAUCCACGACACCUAUUACCUUGUCAGUGUCGUUGACAACGACUACAUUCCACUCUGGUGCGUUGGCGUGCGGUUCUGUGCGGCGCUCUUCGAGACCCGCAGCCACGGCCAAUUGAUGCUUCCCAUCACCUGCACCUACAGUGGAUCCUUUCCCCAAGGGGAUCGAGGUGGCGAGAGCGGCUCGGCGCACUUUGAAGGCUUAGGUAGGAGCGCCAUCAGCUGCAGUAGAGGCGCUAGUAACAGCGGCAUCUCCGGCGGCAUUUACGGCGGAAUUCCCGGCGGGAUUUUUGGCGAUCUUGCGACGGGCGCAAGGCGGAUAAACACGCGCGCGCACGCGCCGCCGCCGGUUUUCACGGGCGAGCAGUGGACGACGGCGCACGCGUUCACGGCUGCUGAGGUGGCAGCGUUCGCGCACAUGACGGGCGACCUGAACCCUAUCCACCUCGACGCGCGCGCGGCGGAGGCGGCGGGAUUCGCGGAGUGCGUGGUGCACGGGAUCCUGGCGGCUAGCCUGUUCCCCGCGCUCAUCGCGAAACACCAUCCCGGUGCCAUCUACGUGUCGCAGACGCUUCGCUUUCUAGCGCCCGUGCAUGUGGGCGAGCAAGUGACAGCGACAGUGGAGGCGAUUUCAGUGGUGGCACACCGGCACAGAUUCAGAGUCACGUUUGCCUCCAAGGCGUUCAAAGAGCCGCGAGUCACACCAGGCGCAGCAGCAUCAGGGGAAGAGGCCUCCCCCCGGCCUGUGCUGGCACUGGAUGGCAUUGCUGUCGCCAUCAUUCCUCCUUUCAAAAAGGACCCACCCAAACCCAUGGAGUGUAGAGACGACGAGUUGCGUACUGGUUUGCAAGCACUGUAG